CGUUUGAAUAUCACGAAUCUUUUUAAACGUAGCCAUUGACAGCAUUCUUCAAGUCUUGACAAGUAUCGAUCGGUAAGGCUAGAAAUGAGCUUUUUAGAAAAGAAACGAUCAUUGACGAGCGAAAUCGCCGAUGAAACUACAAAGAAAAACGGUCUUGAAGAACGGAGACUGCAAAAAAGACUUCAAGACAUCGAGCGAAGCGCUUUAAGGCAACAAAAGAAACGUAGCAACGAACAACUGGAAUACGCUCUUGAAAACUUAUCCCUUGAAGAUGUCUACGCAUUCAACAGCCUCACAAGAAAGAUUCUUAAAUCCAGCUUUCUUCCUCCGAUUAACCAAAAGCAAGGAGGUGGCUCAGGUGAGAGUAACCGUGGAAACAUGAACGAGAUGUUGGCAGAAAGGCUCAGAGGUUCGAAAAUGAUACAUAGAUAUCUCGAUAAACGGAAACAAAGAUGCUUGACGAGAAGUUUGUCUGUUGACUCAGGACUCAUCCCUCCUUCUGGGGAUCGAACUUUCGAAGAAACGGAGUUGAAACCUGGUCCUUACACUGCUUUCGUGAAAAGACGGCUUGCUAGCUCGCUCUCUGACGCAUCCUACGCGACAGUGUUGGCCGGCGGAGUCGCCAAUUUAAGCCAUGCAGCAAAAGAAAAAGGUAUUCAAGACACCCGAAGAGUGGAUUUUGCUGACGAUGCCAAAGAGCAAUCUAGAACAUCCUGGUCAAAUAGAACACUACGGAAAAGACAAUCCAACCAACAUCUUCUAUGUCGACCAAAAGUUCAACACAGCUGCCUGAGUGAUGCGAUUGAAUACAAACUUGAAAUGCGAGAAAAGGAGCGAAGAUUGUAUCAAAGAAGUGGUGAACCCUGUAACUAAUGUUAGUUAAAAUGCGUUAGAUAGUAGAGUAAGUAUUAAAUCGAAAAAUUAUUUUAAAUCAUCCAAAACCAUUUGCCAUCGCAUUUAUUUCAGUGUGUUGACAAAUCUAGUUUCAAAAUUCUAAACUUAGCAGCUGAUCUUUUUCAAUCGGUUUUAAAUCAUUAAACAGUACAUUUACUCAAAUUAAAACAUCCCACCCGGGAGCUAUUCUUUUAAAUGCUAAGAAAGUAAAUAUACCGUUGAUCUUUCAACCUGUGGAUUUCUCACUGUAUCAGAGCUUUAAUGAUGCACAUUUUUAAUCCCGCUGAAGAAUUCGCAGUGAUUCGCUGCUUUUCUAACUAACAAUAAUGUUCAUUUUAGUUGUCAUGACAGAAAUCUAAAACAUUUAUUAACUGUAAACACGGGCUUUGUUACUUCCUGUUUGAAAUCAUCUUAAAAGGAAAGACAAGUAGGUAUGAAUUAUCUUUCCAGCUACUUUUAGUGAUACUUCUGGCGAGAGUGUUUUCUCACCUGACCAUUGAGGGCAGUCAGUGGAGGUCGCUGUAUUGAUAUUUCAAAGCUACAACCGUGAGUUUUGACGCCCUGUAGUAGAGAAACCGUGCCACAGGUGCAAGAAAUAUUGAUAAGUAAACUAAGUCUGAUAAUUUGCCGCUUGCCUAAGGGUGAUUUGUCAUACAGAUAACGAGUUUGUUUUGAUCGCGAUUACAAAUAAGAGGUAUGUUGUUCCUUCCGCAACGUCACCUCCUCAUCAUUGUAUGGCGAACUUGUUGAAUGGUUUUAUAUGGUUGUAAAUGAUCGCUUCAAACCGGUAUGGCUUGCAAUUACAUGAAGUAUCAAACUUGCUAAAAAAGCCGUCGGUGAGUUUGCAAAUAAGAGUACAAAAAAGAGUUCAGUUUCAAGUACGAUGAACGUAAAGGAUUCCCUGCCCAGGAAAAAAAGUAGUAAUAGUCGUCUUAACAAACAAAACGUGUCUCGCGUUCUCAGCCAAGAAUAUCAGCCACCUUCAACCGAUCUUCUGCGAUCGAGAUGCGACGGUACACAAAUGUUUUGUGCUCUAGAUUCCGGCGGAAGCCGCGUCAGGUCGCAGUCAGAAAUUAUAUAUUCCCUCCAAGACAGAGAUGGCUUCCUCAUCAGCCGGGACAACGAGAGGUUUCGUCAAGACUUUUGCCUCAGCAAUGGUAGAAAUUUCAAUCAAAGCAAAUUGCCCAAGAUAAACCAAGGAGAUGGAGCGACGAAUAACCAUAUUAUAGGUGAUUGGAAGGCUAUAGCAACAGAGAGUUUAAAGAGGUCCCGAAGCAUGAGUGAUCUGCCAAACAUAACAGGAAGGAAGGAUAAGGUGGUAAAAUUCAGACCUACUACACCUCUGACAAAAGAACAGGUUGAAGACUUGGACGAUGAGGUUGCCGCAUUUCACAACAAAUCGCAUGAUUUGGCCAAAUGGCUCAGAGAUCAACAAUAAUUACAAAGGAGUGAAUGUGUUAGUUUUCUCAGUUAGUGAGAAAUUUUUUGUUUCUCUCACGGCAAAUUGAAAUAUAUUUGUGUUAAGUUUAAACAUUUAUUGAUUUUGUAGAGAGGAAAAACUAUAUGGAGCAGUGCUGGGCGACUGAUAUUUAUUUAUUUAUUUUUUUAUAUUCAUUAUAUGAUCAUCGAAAUCGAUGGUAAAUGUUCACUGAGUUUUGGUUGAGUCUGUUUUCUUUGUUUCUUGUCCCUUUAGUAAAAUCAGUACAUAAAGGUAUGACCAUGGAGCCUUACAAAUAAGAAGUAGGCUUGUAAAUAGGAUAAUAGAAAACUGAGGAAAAACAGUCUAAAGCAAAUCAAACGUUCAUGCAGUCGUUUAAUGAGAAUGUUCUAUACAUAGAAGCGAUCUCCUCUUUGCUGCCUACAACAAUCACAGGUAUGAUGCAUUUUGAUAUCAGUCAAACUUUAAAUCAAGGGAUACUUUCGAAUAAUAGAACAGCAAGGCAAGUUUGAUAAGGAUCAGUUCCGGACAAAUCUUCUUAAAGCUUUUCAUUUAAAACUUACUAAACCGUUUUCCUUUGGAUGGAGUCUACUAGUUAAUUUAAGUGAUCAAUCACAAAUGUGUUGAGCAAACUUUGGGAUUGUGCAAGUGUAUUUGAUCUCAUUUUGAUAGAAAAAAAAAACAAAACAAAACAAAACAAAGACCGUAUCAUGGCAUUUAAUCAUACUGUAGCUAUUUCAAGGUUUUACAACUCCGUUUUUGUUAGGCACAUCAUACAUAAAUAAACAAGUAAAUGAA